AAAAAGUAAAAAAGAAGUAGAAAUGUAUGGAGAGAGAAUCAAAAGUUUGGAAUUUGCAAAGGAAAAAAUUGAGAAAGAAGCAGAAAUUUAUAGAGAUAGAAUUAAAAGUUUGGAAUCUGCAAAGGAAAAAAGUGAGAAAAAUACAGAAAUUUAUAAAGAGAGAAUUAAAAGCUUGGAAUCUGAGAAGGAAAAAAUUAAGAAAGAAGCAGAAAUUUAUAGAAAGAGAUUCAAAAGUUUGGAAUUGGAAGUUUACAAAGAGAGGAUCAACAAUUUGGAAUCUGUGAAGGAAAAAAUUGAGAAAGAAGCGGAAAUUUAUAGAGAGAGAAUGGCAAGUUUGGAAUUUGCAAAGGAAAAAAGUAAAAAAGAAAAGGAAAUAUAUAGAGAAAGAAUCAAAAGCUUGGAAUCCAUAAAGGAAAAAUGUGAUGGGUUUCUACUAAAACUUUUCGAAUCACUCCGUUUGGCGGAGGAGAGAUUGGUUAGGAUCAUCGAUAAUGUUGUUGAUGAAGAAAAAGUUAAAAACUGUACAAUGAAGAGUGAUGGGUUAGAAUUGGAUGGAGAAUUGAAGGUGGUUUCAGAGGAGUCAAUGGCAGUCACAAAGCUUGCGGAAGUGGUUGAAUUGAAGGUGAAUGAGUAUAAAGAAUCAAGGAAGAAGGAGAGGAAGGAAUUGGAGAACAGUAUAAUGAGUUUGACGGAAGAGAAUAGGAAUAUAGAUAGUUUGAUUAGGAUUGCUUUGGUGGAGGUGGAGGCUGUGGAGAAGAGCUUGAGUAGGUUGAAGGCGAACAAUGAGCAAAAUAGGGUGGCCAUUUUGCAGAUUGCAGAAAGUUCAGCGACUAAGGUGGAUACUUCUAGGGCUAAUGCUGGGACUAAGUUAGAUGGUAGUGAGAGUGAAGAGGAGUUUGUAAGACUGGCAUCAACUGUAGAGAGGAUAACGAAGAAUUUAAACCUGGAAAUCAGUCAAUUGAGGAGGUCUUUAGAAGAAUCUAGGUCAAGCACUGAGUACCUACAGAGUCUUUCAGAAAAACAAGCUCAAGAUAUUGAUGAAAACAUGUUACAUAUCAAGGAAUUAGAAGAUAGAGAGAGGGUGUUGGCUAAAAAUGUUGAGGAACUCAUGAUGAAGAUAAAGCAAACUGAAGCAGAGGUUGCUAGAUGGAGGGAAGCUUGUGAAUUAAAAGUUGAAGCUGGGAAACAUGAGACUGAAGAACGUGACAAAGUGGUUGCCAUUCUCAGCCAAGAACUAAAGAAAACAAAGACUGCUUUGGACAUAUCAAAUCACAAAUUAAAUCAAAAAGAAGAACUUGCAGCUGCUGCCAUGGCUGCCCGGGCAGCAGCAGAGAAGUCCCUGCAACUGGCUGACAGCACAGCUGCAGGACUUCGCAAGCGGGUAGAAGAGCUGUCAAAACAAUUAGAGGAAGCAGAGAGCCGAAACCGGAACAGACACAAGGUCAGACGACACAUAUAUUGGCCUUCGCGAGCACGCAAACCGAGUACUGCUACUAUGAACAAUAGAGUGAAGAAUGAAAGAUCGAUGCUGUCAAACUAAGUACCGAUACUAUGAACAAUAAGUGAAGAAUGCAAAAAGGAUGCUACCAAAAUGCAAGACUUGGCGAGCACUCAAACUGAGUACUGCUACCAUGAAAAAUUGAGCAAAGAAUGUUAGAAAGACGC